AUGAUAGCCCUCACAGCUUCGAGCUCAGCAGACGAGGCAAGCACUGUCGAGCCCUCCACCGCAACCGGCGCCGCCACCCGCGCAGAAACCGCUGUACCCGCAGCGUGGAUGCAUGGGGAAUCCGAUGGCAAUGUUGCUGAUCGUGCCAAUGCCAAAUCCAAUGUUUAUCAUGGCGAACCCAAUGCUGAUCCGUAUUCCACUGCCGAUGACGACGAUGCUGAUGGGGGCAAUGCAAGCGGUGCGAACAGUGAAAACGGUGCAAGAAGUGCAAGCAGUGCGAUCAGUGCAAGCGGUGCACGUGGUAGAAUCAAGGGUUCGCAGCGGUUCUACAUGGUGACGGGCGAGGGCGACUACUGCGCGGGAGAGUCGCACUGGACGUGGAGCUUCCUGUGCGCCGCGGCGGAGGCGAAGCUGCUCAACCGCACGCUCAUCAUUCCCAUGGCCAGGUGCCUGGACGCACGGCAUACUUUGUCGCAUCUGACGGAGGAGAAACCAUUGGCGCUGUACUAUGAUAUGGAUCACUGGCCGCGGUACGAGUACUUGGCUCCUUGA